AGCAGUUAACCAAUGGCAGGAGCCGUUUCAUCGGCUGCACAAGCAGCAAGAUCAAAAGUGAGCCUUUUCUGAUUGCUGCAUAGUGUCAAUUGGCCAAUCUCUUCUCCCAGGGGAAAAAAAAAGUAAAUCAAACCUUUGAGAAGCAUUUGCUGGUUGAAGUGCUUUCUGUCUAGUGAGGGGGUCUGUGGAUUUCUAGUUUAUGAUAAAUAGGACUUUAAAAACCAGGGACAGGAGGGCGAGUGUUCAGGUUCUAGAGCUAUGCAGCUGGAGCACUGCCUUUCUCCUUCUAUCAUGCUCUCCAAGAAAUUUCUCAAUGUGAGCAGCAGCUACCCACAUUCAGGCGGAUCUGAGCUUGUCUUGCACGAUCAUCCCAUUAUCUCGACCACUGACAACCUGGAGAGAAGUUCACCUUUGAAAAAAAUUACCAGGGGGAUGACGAAUCAGUCAGAUACAGACAAUUUUCCUGACUCCAAGGACUCACCAGGGGACGUCCAGAGAAGUAAACUCUCUCCUGUCUUGGACGGGGUCUCUGAGCUUCGUCACAGUUUCGAUGGCUCUGCUGCAGAUCGCUACCUCCUCUCUCAGUCCAGCCAGCCACAGUCUGCGGCCACUGCUCCCAGUGCCAUGUUCCCGUACCCCGGCCAGCACGGACCGGCGCACCCCGCCUUCUCCAUCGGCAGUCCCAGCCGCUACAUGGCCCACCACCCGGUCAUCACCAACGGAGCCUACAACAGCCUCCUGUCCAACUCCUCACCGCAGGGCUACCCCGCGGCCGGCUACCCCUACCCACAGCAGUACAGCCACUCCUACCAAGGAGCCCCGUUCUACCAGUUCUCUUCCACGCAGCCCGGACUGGUACCCGGCAAAGCGCAGGUGUACCUGUGCAACAGGCCCCUCUGGCUGAAAUUUCACCGCCACCAAACGGAGAUGAUCAUCACCAAACAGGGAAGGCGCAUGUUUCCUUUUUUAAGUUUUAACAUUUCUGGUCUCGAUCCCACGGCUCAUUACAAUAUUUUUGUGGAUGUGAUUUUGGCGGAUCCCAAUCACUGGAGGUUUCAAGGAGGCAAAUGGGUUCCUUGCGGCAAAGCGGACACCAAUGUGCAAGGAAAUCGGGUCUAUAUGCAUCCGGAUUCCCCCAACACGGGGGCUCACUGGAUGCGCCAAGAAAUCUCUUUUGGAAAAUUAAAACUUACAAACAACAAAGGAGCUUCAAACAACAAUGGGCAGAUGGUGGUUUUACAAUCCUUGCACAAGUACCAGCCCCGCCUGCAUGUGGUCGAAGUGAACGAGGACGGCACGGAGGACACCAGCCAGCCUGGCCGCGUGCAGACAUUCACUUUCCCCGAGACCCAGUUCAUCGCCGUCACCGCCUAUCAGAACACCGAUAUCACACAAUUGAAAAUAGAUCACAACCCCUUUGCAAAAGGAUUUCGGGAUAAUUAUGACACGAUCUACACUGGCUGCGACAUGGACCGCCUGACCCCCUCGCCCAACGAUUCCCCGCGCUCGCAGAUCGUGCCCGGGGCCCGUUACGCUAUGGCCGGCUCUUUCCUGCAGGACCAGUUCGUGAGCAACUACGCCAAGGCCCGCUUCCACCCGGGUGCGGGCGCGGGCCCCGGGCCGGGCACGGACCGCAGUGUGCCCCACACCAACGGGCUGCUGUCGCCGCAGCAGGCCGAGGACCCGGGCGCGCCGUCGCCGCAGCGCUGGUUUGUGACCCCGGCCAACAACCGGCUGGACUUCGCCGCCUCGGCCUACGACACAGCCACGGACUUCGCGGGCAACGCGGCCACGCUGCUCUCCUACGCGGCGGCGGGCGUGAAGGCGCUGCCGCUGCAGGCGGCGGGCUGCACCGGCCGCCCGCUCGGCUACUACGCCGACCCGUCGGGCUGGGGCGCGCGCAGCCCCCCGCAGUACUGCGGCGCCAAGUCGGGCUCGGUGCUGCCCUGCUGGCCCAACAGCGCCGCGGCCGCCGCGCGCAUGGCGGGCGCCAACCCCUAUCUGGGCGAGGAGGCCGAGGGCCUGGCCGCCGAGCGCUCGCCGCUACCGCCCGGCGCCGCCGAGGACGCCAAGCCCAAGGACCUGUCCGACUCCAGCUGGAUCGAGACACCCUCCUCCAUCAAGUCCAUCGACUCGAGCGACUCGGGGAUUUACGAGCAGGCCAAGCGGAGGCGGAUCUCCCCCGCCGACACGCCGGUGUCCGAGAGCUCGUCGCCGCUCAAGAGCGAGGUGCUGGCCCAGCGGGACUGCGAGAAGAACUGCGCCAAGGACAUAGGCGGCUACUACGGCUUCUACUCGCACAGCUAGGCCGGCCCUGCCCGCCCGGCCCCGCGCCCCGCCGCCGCCCGGCCCCCCAGCCAGCCCCUCGCAGCUCUCCCCAGCUCUUCCUCCCCACGGCCCACCUCGCG